CCUAUGGCGCUGUUAAAACAUAAAUUGCCCUUGACGCCCAGACAGUGGCUGCUCUUGAGAUUAUCCAUCUGUUACGCUCCUACACCUUGCGUUUUCCACAAUUGUCGCCGUCACUUCACCACUAUGGAUCUCUAUCCUUGCGCAAACCGAUACAAGCACGGCGUCGACUGCCCCGUCUGGGUGUACGUGCACAACGCUCGCUGCGAAGACUGCGUUGUGUACAACCGAUAAGUCAGUACUUUUACGUAAGGUGGCCGAGGGGCGGAAAUACGAAUAGGCAACGAGACGGGUGGGGACUAAGAUGACACGACCCAAGAACAAAACUGGACCAGGGAAACGCCCCACAGGGCACCUGGCGGUUAUGGACAAUGCUCUUGAAGCAAGAGUGGUAAUCAUAGGCAACGUUGCAUUAAGGCUCAGUGCUUCGACGAGGAUGCCAUUACCCAAUCAAAAGAACACAGACGUGAUUUGCGUACAGUAAAGCCCGGGGCUCCAAGGGACCGCCUAGGACGCCUACGGAAAACUUUGCAAGCUGGUGGGGGCGGCUAAGGGGGAAAAGUUCAAGCCUGACCACUCCAUUUCUCUGCUGACAAUGACUUGGCAUUUCCACAUGAAAUAAUCCCUCCCGCUUGGCAAAACGGAUUGAGUACGAGCAUGGCAAGUGAGUGGACAACGUGAGUUGUUGGAAGUCAACGGAAGCCUGAGUUUUGAAUGUGUUAGAGGCUCAGAUGCAACCGAACCCAUUUGCAACGCGGCUUAAAAUAAAUAUUUCAGUUUUGGAUACUGCACUCUAGGCCAGGAGCUAAACCGUCAAUUGAUCGGCAAUGAUGUCAGGUUGGCCACGAUAGAGAGGCACACGAGUCGGAAAACCGGGAACAGAAUCUUGGCGAUCUUGGCAGUCCCCGAGGCAUAUAGCACCCUGCCGUGCCCCGUCCUUGACAAUACAUAGCUUCCCCGA